AUAUAUUCUAUUCUCUUUGAGAAUAAAUAAUGUUUAACUUUUUUUCAGAAAAGAUAAUAAAAAAUGGCACCUAAGAAGAAAAAAGCAGCUGCUACAGAGGAACCAGCAGAGGAAGGAGAGGGGAAACCUGAGGAAAAAGCUGAAAAUAAAGGCAAGAAAGGUAAAGACGAACCUGGUAAGGUAGCUGAAGAUCAAGAUGAAAAGGCAGCUGAUAAAAUAGCUAAAAAAGCAGCAGAUGAAACAGCCGACAAAGCAGCUGAUGAACCAAACGAAACCCUAGUUGAUGUUGAGGAGAAGAAACCCUCAGACAGGAUUCAGGCUGAGAUAGACCAAAAUACUGCUGAGGAAAAUGCCGCUGAUGAUUGCUGCGUGUGUCCUUGCUGUUGUUGUUGUUGGAUCACUUGCAGGAGGAAAAAAGAGAAGAGAAAAAGAGAAACACUUUCUGCUUUUAUCAGGCGAAGAACAAGUUCUGUAUUGGGAGACAAUGAUGCCUGGUCAACUCUAAACGUUAAACGAGAUCUUCAUUUUGAAGAGCAUGAGAGGCUUAAAGCUCUUCAAAUCAAGAGAGAACUGGCGCUCGCAGAUAUAUGGAAUAAUUCGAGAACACCGAGCCAAUCUUCGCUAGUUACUGAGCUUAGCUAGAAUAGUGAGCCAAUCCUCGUUAGUUACUGUGCUAAGCUAGAAUAUUGAGCCAAUCCUCGCUAGUUGCUGAGUAAGCCAGAAUAUUGAGCCAAUCCUCGCUAGUUGCUGAGUAAGCCAGAAUAUUGAGCCAAUCCUCGCUAGUUACUGAGCUAAGCUAGAAUAUUGAGCCAAUCCUCGCUAGUUGCUGAGUAAGCUAGAAUAUUUAGCCAAUUCUCGCUAUAGUUACUCAGUUUAGCUAGAUUAUUGAGCCAAUCCUCGCUUGUUACUGUGCUUAGCUAGAAUAUUGAGCCAAUUCUCGCUAUAGUUACUCAGCUUAGCUAGAUUAUUGAGCCAAUCCUCGCUGGUUACUGAGCUUAGCUAGGAUAUUGAGCCAAUCCUCGCUAGUUACUAAGCAAAGCUUAUAGAAUUGAGCCAAUCCUUGCUAGUUACUGGGCUUAAUUAGAAUAUUGAGUCAACUCUCGAUAUAGUUACUCAGCGUAGCAAGAAUAUUGAGCGAAUCCUGGCUAGUUCCUGAGCUAAGCUAGAAUAUUGAGCCAAUCCUGGCUAGUUCCUGAGUAAGCUAGAAUAUUGAGCCAAUCCUCGCUAGUUGCUGAGUAAGCUAGAAUAUUGAGCCAAUUCUCGCUAUAGUUACUCAGCUUAGCUAGAUUAUUGAGCCAAUCCUCGUAAGUUACUGAGCUUAGCUAGAAUAUUAAGCCAAUCCUUGUUAUUUACUGAGCUUAGCUAGAAUAUUGAGUCAAUCCUCGUUAUUUACUGAGCUUAGCUAGGAUAUUGAGUCAAUCCUCGCUAGUUACUAAGCAUAGCGAUAAUAUUGAGUCAAUCCUCGCUAGUUAAUGAGCUUAGCUAGAAUAUUGAGCCAAUCAUCUCUAGUUAAUUAGCUAAGCUUGAAUAUUUAGCCAAUCCUCGCUAGUUACUGAGCUAAUCUAAAAUAUUGAGCCAAUCCUCGCUAGUUGCUGAGCUGAGAUAGAAAAUUGAGCCAAAUUCGUUUCAAGCAUUUUAGCCAAAAAUCAUAGAUGUUUGUAAAUUAUCCUAACUUGGAAUAGAAUAAAAUGUUUUUUCUAACAUAUUUUUCUAUUUGCUUUGUCUGAGACAGGUGUAAAUGUACUGAAAUAUUUGGUACCAACCUACAUUGCUGAACUGUGUGUAAACAAUCCCAUCACGUGUUUUGCCCCAAAAAAUUGUGAUAAAUUAAAAAAGACAAAGUUUAACGCAUUUCUAAUUUUAACUUAAUAUUAUACAGGAUUGGAUCUCGGCGAACUGUAAAUUCAAAACAUUUUUAUUAUUUGGCAUAUAUUAUAUUAGGCAUAUAUUAUAUUUGGCAUAUAUUAUAUUUGGCAUAUAUUAAGGAACUACAUACUUCAAUUACCUUGUGCUACUUUAUCCUGACUUCAAAUAAAGCAAAAGCCCAAAAUUGGAUUCAAAUUUAUAUAAAAACAAGAAGGGUUUGCAAUCAAAUAAGAAAAACUAGAAUACAAAAAUGUUGAUUUACUACCUCAAAAAUUAAACCUACUUUAGUUUUACGUCUUUCAAAUUAAAAAUUGACUAUGUACGAUAUUUGGAACAUAUUAAUUAAUUUC